AUGCAUUCUGCGUCUGGGCAGAGGAAUCUUCGGAUUGGCGUGGAUGUCGGUGGCACGAACACCGACGGAGUAAUUCUUGAUCCCGCAAAGUCGCAAGAGAUAGGCAGGGGCAUUGUCGCGUGGCACAAAGCACCAACGACUACUGAUCCGAGCCAUGGCAUCGCGGCAGCAAUCACGACGAUGUUCAAAUCUGCAUCGAUUGAGCCAUCAUCGGUAGCUAGCGUUACCAUAGGAACGACCCACUUCGUCAAUGCAGUGAUAACGAGGGAUCGUACACGCCUUUCGAGCGUUGCUGUCAUCCGUCUCGGCGCUCCUUUCAGCAAACAUGCUCCACCCUGCAUUGACUGGCCAAUCCCUCUACGCAACAUGAUCCUCGGGCAUCAUGCCCUGCUUAAAGGUGGUCUUGAAGUCGACGGCAACCUCAUCUCAGACAUUCAAGAAGCUGAAAUCGUUGAACAAUGCAAGAUCAUCAAAGAGAAGAGAAUCCGUAGUAUCGUCAUCAACGGAAUCUUUUCGCCCAUCGAUACGGUAGAGAGGCAAGAAGAAAGAGCGGCGGAAAUCGUGAAGAGGGAAUUGGGCGAUGUCGAUGUCGUCCAGAGUAGGACUGUAGCGAACCUGGGAUUCCUGGAGCGGGAAAACGCAGCCAUCUUGAAUGCAUCCGUGCUUUCUUUUGCACGACGAACAAUAGCUUCAUUUCAAGAACCCAUCAAAAAGCUUGGUUUGGACUGUCCUGUCUUUAUCACCCAAAACGAUGGCACACUUCUUUCCGGAGAUGCAGCUGCACAGCUACCAAUCCGCACGUUCAGCUCAGGUCCAACGAACAGCAUGCGAGGAGCUGCGUUUCUGGUCGGAAAGCAGGACCAUGGCGAGCCAAUGAUGGUAGUUGAUGUGGGCGGCACCACGACAGACGUGGGGCUACUCCUUGCCAACGGCUUCCCAAGGCAACAAGCAGCAUACUCGGAGCUUUCUGGUGUCCGAAUGAACUUCUCUUAUCCAGAUGUGAAGAGUAUUGGCCUAGGCGGUGGUUCGCUCGUGCGCAGGAUAGAGGGAAAGCUGCAUGUAGGACCGGAGUCCGUCGGCUAUAAGCUUCCAGAGAAAUCUUUGGUGUUUGGCGGAGAUGUACCGACGGCGACUGAUUACAUAGUCGCGGCAGCCAAGGACCUUGAAAUCGGUGACCCAAGGAAGGUUCGAGGACAGCUGGCAGGCGAUGACAUUGAUGCCUUCAAAGUGGAAACGAAACGCAUGCUUGAAGAGAUCAUCGACACAAUGAAGACCUCUCCCGAAGACCUGCCUGUACUGCUCGUCGGUGGAGGUGCUGUAGUCGCGCCCGACGAACUGAGAGGAGCAAGUCGAGUCAUCAAGCCAGAGUGGUCCGGUGUUGCUAACGCAAUCGGCGCUGCAAUGGCACGCGUAAGUGCGGUAAUCGAUACGGUGAAGUCUACCGAGAAAAGAAGCGCGAAAGAGCUGCAAGCCGAGAUAGAAGAGGAGGCCAAACGCAAGACGAUAGCAGCAGGCGCAUCAGCAGACUCGGUAGAGGUCGUCGAGGUAGAAUCGCUGCCGCUGCCAUACAUCGCACACAAGACUCGCUUCAUCGUGAGAGCGGCCGGAGACUUCGACUAUGAACGAUCAGCUGACUUUGCUACGUUGCAUGUCAACUCUACUCACCAAGAGGAUAUAGAGCCAAGCUAUUCGCCGGGCAACAAUACUACGCCAUCAACUGAAGCGAUGAGCGUCGAACACGACCCCGCGGUGGAUAUUGAUUUUUCACGCUACAGACCGAAAGUGACAAAGCGAGAAUGGCAUAUUUCCGAAACCGACCUCCAGUGGAUCACCAUCGGCUGCUACAUCCUGGGAACAGGCGGGGGCGGCUCGCCUUACUCCACCAUGCUGCGAGUGCGCCAAAUGCUGCGAAAAGGUCAAGUUAUACGCGUUGUGAGUCCAGAUGACCUAGCGGAUGGUGACCGGAUAGGGAGUGGUGGCGGCGCAGGGAGUCCGACGGUAGGCAUCGAGAAGCUCGCUGGAGACGAGAUGAUGGAUGCUCAAGAGCACAUGUACAAGCUCUUUCCCGGCGGACGCGCCACACACAUCAUACCGUUAGAGAUCGGCGGUUCGAACGGGCUUCAAGGACUCGUGCUAGGCGCAUCGUCCAACAUGAACAUUCCAUGCGUGGAUGGUGACUGGAUGGGACGUGCGUAUCCUACAAAGUGGCAAACAACUCCUGUUGUAUUCGGCGAGAGAGAGAUCGUGUUCGCGCCCGUCUCUGUUGCAGAUGGGAAUGGCAACGUCUUGUACAUGCCGACUGCGACGAGCGACUUGAAAGUCGAGCAAGUGAUCAGAGCGGCGUUGAGUCAAAUGGGAAGCCACGUAGGCACCGCCGAUGGCCCUGUUACAGGCGCCGAGACACGCAGAUGGGCAGUCGAGCAUACGAUUUCGCUGUCGUGGAGAAUCGGUCGAGAAGUGGCUCGCGCGCGGAAAGAAAAUCACAUUGAUAGUGUCGCCGAGUCAAUUAUUGACGCUGUGGGAGGACCAGAGACGGGACGUGUCGUGUUCAAAGGGAAAAUUGUCGGUGUAGAGCGCAAGCUCUGGAUGGGCCACAUCUAUGGCGAGGUCAUAGUUGAGGGCACUGAAGGCACAGAGUUUGCUGGCCAGAUCAAGAUCCCCUUCAAGAAUGAGAACAUUGCUGCAGUCAGGCUCCAUGAGGGUGUGGAGAGCAAGACAGGCGACGAGAAGAAUGAGGAUGUACUAGCUAUUGUGCCAGACCUCAUCUCGGUCAUAGACGCGCAAAACGGCGAGGCCAUCGGGACACCUGAAUAUCGCUAUGGGUUACUGGUACUGGUUAUUGGCAUCACCGCGAGCGAGCGGUGGACUACUCCUAGGGGUAUCGAGAUAGGGGGACCGAAAGGAUUCGGGCUGGACCAUCUGGAGUAUAAGCCUUUGGGCAGAUUCGUGAAGCCGGUCAGCGUGAUCGAUGAGUAUAAUGUAACACCGUAG